AUGUACUCGUGCGCCAACUACCCCCGAGGCUGCCGUGGCCGCUGCAACACCCAAGGCGGGAAAUGCAGCGAUUGCACCGUCCUCAACCUACGGCGACCCUACAACUCCUUCUCCCCCUUUGCGCCGAACCGCGACUUCCGCCGUCCCGUGCGGUCUGUCUUUGCGCCUCAGGAGGUGCCCGACAAGGCCAACGAGAUCUAA